AUUUCACAAUAACCCACUAAACAAUAUUCUAAUUUUAUGGAUGAAACAUGCAGAGCUUGGACGACUAAAGCAGCUUCAGAAGAUUGAUGUCCAUGACAACUCCAUACAAGUUGGUUCACAUCUCUGUUGGGGGAAAAUUCCUUCACUUCGUUUCCUAGAUUUGUCAACAAACAAGUUAGAAGGUGACAUUCCAAAAUGCCUGUGUGAGAAUCUUCAUGUCAAAGAGCUAUUUCUGUCUGACAACUUUCUAAUCGGAAACAUUGACGCAUGCUUGAGAAAUAUGACUUCACUUGAAUACGUAGAUCUCUCUGAUAAUAGUUUCAAUGGUUCCCUUCCUUCAUUAUCAAUUAGCAACCUAACAAAUAUUCAGUCAGUUAUUCUCUCAGGAAAUGAGUUCAAGGGCAGGAUUUCACUUUCGCACUUUGCAAAUUUAUCGAGGCUAAGUUACCUUGACAUCUCAUGGAAUUCCUUGGAAGUUGAAACUGAGUCCAUAACUUGGGUUCCAUCUUUCAAUCUGUCUGUGCUAAAUUUAGCCGCUUGUAACCUCAAGACCAUCCCCAGCUUCAUUUCCUCACAGAGGCACUUGGAAUCACUAGAUUUAUCAUGCAAUUCACUCAUAGGGAAGAUUCCUUCAUGGAUGCUUGACAAUGUCUCUAAAAAAUUACAGCUAAGAAGAAAUGGUUUCAUAGGACCAUUUCCUAAGUCCUUUCAGAACAGUUCACAGCUUACUGAACUUGACAUCUCUGAUAAUCUUUUAUCAGGGUCAUUUCCUGAAGAUAUUGGUCUCAAUUUUCCAGAAUUGCAGAGUCUAAAUGCUUCAUGGAAUAAUUUUAGUGGCAAGCUUCCUCCAUCCUUUGUUAGAAUGAGACAGCUUCUGUUUCUGGAAUUAUCAGGCAAUCAAUUCCAUGGAGAAAUCCCUUAUGGCAUGACGAGCAAUAUGAGCUCUCUUCAAUAUUUGGGAUUAUCUCGAAACAACUUGACAGGAGACGCACUUCCAAAAAAUUCCAGCUUGCCUAAGUUGAGGUGGCUUUAUCUUCACGGAAAUCACUUCACUGGAAACUGUUAGCGUGUGAGAUCAAGUCUUUAAUGUGGCAGUUACAUUUAGUUUAUUUUACUUAGUGGUGUAGCAGUUUCUUUUUAGUUUGUAACUUCUUUUCAUUU